GGUCGCGUCGCCGAGCAGAUGGGAAACUUGGAACAUGCGCUAUCGGCGUAUGAGAACGCCCUGCGUCACAAUCCCAUGUCACUUUCCGGACUCACACAGGUCGCUGGAAUCGCGCGGAUCAAAGAGAACUACCCCAAGGCAGUAGAGUAUUUCCAACGCGUCAUCAACAUGCAGCAGGACAAUGGCGAAGUCUGGAGCGCACUAGGGCACUGCUACCUUAUGCAAGACGACCUCCAGAAGGCCUACGCUGCGUAUCAGCAGGCGCUCUAUCUCCUUCCCAACCCAAAGGAAGACCCAAAGCUGUGGUACGGCAUAGGCAUCCUGUACGACCGCUAUGGUUCUCUGGACCAUGCCGAGGAAGCGUUUUCCUCUGUCCUCCGUAUGGACAAAGACUUUGACAAGGCCAACGAGAUCCUCUUCAGGCUCGGCAUCAUCUACAAACAGCAAGGAAAGUACCAGGAGAGCCUCGAGUGCUUCGACCGCAUUCUUCGCAAUCCGCCGAAUCCGCUAGCACAUGCCGAUAUCUGGUUCCAGAUUGGUCAUGUGUACGAGCAGCAGCAUGAUCACGUUCGUGCCCGGGAAGCAUACGAACGAGUCGUGGCCGACAAUCCUGGGCAUGCAAAGGUUCUGCAGCAGCUGGGGUGGCUUUACCAUCAGGAUGGCUCGUCUUUCCAGAAUCAGGAACUUGCCAUCCAGUAUCUGACCAAGAGCCUCGAGGCCGAUCCAGCCGAUGCUCAGAGCUGGUAUCUUCUCGGCCGGGCCUACAUGGCCGGUCAGAAGUACAACAAGGCUUACGAGGCGUAUCAGCAGGCUGUGUAUCGUGACGGCCGCAACCCCACUUUCUGGUGCUCCAUUGGCGUGUUGUACUUCCAAAUCAACCAGUACCGCGAUGCCCUGGAUGCCUACUCGCGCGCGAUUCGGAUCAACCCGUACAUCUCUGAGGUGUGGUUCGACCUCGGUAGUCUCUACGAGAGCUGCAACAACCAGAUUUCGGACGCCAUCGAUGCGUACGCUCGCGCUGCCGAGCUCGACCCCGCUAACCAGGCGAUUGCUCAGCGCCUGGCGCUCUUGAAGAAUGCUCAAGCGACCGGUCAGGCUCUGCCUGCUGCUCCAGGCCCACAGGAUGUGCAUCCG